CGGUGUUUGGGGACUUGGGCGCUGCUGCCGUUCCUGGGCGUGGAAGUGUGCGUGGCUUGAGCGCGGCGGCUGAUUCCUCUGUCCGCCCGGACCCGGCGUUCCUCAGAGGUUCGCUUUCCAAUCCCACUGCCUAUUGGGCCCGCCAUGAGGCGCCUGGGCUCGGUGCAGCGGAAAAUGCCGUGUGUGUUUGUGACGGAAGUGAAAGAGGAGCCUUCCACCAAACGGGAGCAUCAGCCAUUUAAAGUUUUGGCAACUGAAACUAUAAGUCACAAGGCAUUAGAUGCAGAUAUACACAGUGCAAUUCCAACAGAAAAAGUGGAUGGAACGUGUUGUUAUGUUACUACCUACAAAGGUCGGCCAUAUCUUUGGGCUCGACUAGAUAGAAAACCUAACAAAGUAGCUGAGAAAAGAUUUAAAAAUUUUCUACGUUCAAAACAAAACUCAAAAGAAUUUUUUUGGAAUGUUGAAGAGGACUUCAGACCUGUUCCAGAGUGCUGGAUACCAGCGAAGGAAAUAGAACAAUUAAACGGAAAUCCGAUGCCUGAUGAAAAUGGACACAUUCCUGGUUGGGUACCAGUGGAGAAAAACAACAAACAGUACUGCUGGCAUUCCUCUGUAGUUAACUAUGAAUUUGAACUUGCCCUGGUACUGAAGCAUCAUCCUGAUGAUCCUGGUCUUUUGGAAAUCAGUGCAGUGCCACUGUCGGAUCUCUUAGAACAAACACUGGAGCUAAUAGGAACAAAUAUUAAUGGAAACCCAUAUGGGUUAGGAAGCAAGAAGCAUCCAUUACAUCUUCUUAUACCACAUGGAGCAUUUCAAAUAAGAAAUCUACCUACCUUGAAGCACAGUGAUUUGUUGUCCUGGUUUGAAAGCUGCAGAGAGGGUAAAAUCGAAGGAAUAGUGUGGCACUGCAAUGAUGGCUGUUUAAUCAAGGUCCAUCGCCAUCAUCUUGGCUUAUGCUGGCCAACUCCAGAUACUUAUAUGAAUUCAAAACCAGUAAUUAUCAACAUGAACCCAUACAAAUAUGACUAUGCUUUUGAUACUAAGUGUUUGUUUAAUCAUUUUUCAAAAAUAGAUAAUCAGAAAUUUGGUAGGCUCAAAGAUAUAAUACUCGAUGUGUAAACUGGGAAAUGCAAUUAAAAACCACCUUCAUUAUUAUAUUUGAAUCUUGAAUAUUCUGCCAUGUUUAAAAAGUUCCUAUUGUUCAGUGUCUGAUGUAGCAAUAUAUGCCUUCUAACAGUUGAAGAAAUGAAUUU